AUGGAGGCACUCGCAGCGAUAUCGCUGGCGGGGAACUUGGCCCAGUUCCUUGAGCAUGCGUUGAAAGCGGUAUCCAAGACACACAGUAAGCUUGACGAGAACCUCGAUCUGGAGGAAAUCGCCCAGGAUUUCAAGUAUGGAUUCGCCGAGAAGCUAGGAAAGCUUCAAGUCGAGAUCGAUAGACGUGAAGCUAAAGAUGCGACUUUGAAAGAAGCCAUCACGAUCUUGAUUGAAAGGAAGCAUAAGCGAAGAAGACUCAAGAAGGAAUUGGGAACUAUUGAAGAGAAAAUAGAGCUUGAGGGCAAGCUUCAGGCGAUCGCCAAAGACGCAACAGACUCUUUGAACAUGAUCGACUUGGACUCGAAAGGCAGCGAUGACAUCAUUUCAAGCCUCGAGUUGCCGUUGAGUGGUUCUCGCGCUGCGGAGUAUGACGUCCUGCAGGGACUGAUGACCAGAGGUCUGAACGUAGCUGGCGAGAUUUUGGGCAUCUUGAACGGCCUCAAGGUUUCAGACACACCCAACACAGGGAUAUACCUUAAGAUCAAGAUCAUCUCGAAAACUCUGUGGAAACAAGCGGAAUUACAAGAACUUCAUGACAGAUUGGAUACUCUUCGAGCACAGAUAUCUACUCAUCUUCUGGCCUUGUUAUUGGAACAGCAACGGAGCAUGCAUCAAGAUUUGCGAAUGGCAUCAUCGCAGAACGGAAAGAAUUAUGCCGAGCUGAAUGCCAAGCUUGACAUAGCCCUUCGCCGAGCCCAAUACGCCGCCAAUCGAAAAGUCCCCAUAGAGGAUGAUGGUGCCACAAUUUCUUACCCUGAAACUCCAGAUUAUCAAGGAGAAAUGCAGAACUUUAGGCUCGAAGGAGUUGUUGAUCAUUUACGUAAAAUGUGGACAUUGGAGAAGCAUAAAGGGAUCUUGGACAGCCUAUACUACAGCCAACUCGAGGAUAGAGAAUGGGCUAUCCAUGAAGCCCACGGGAAAACGUUCGAGUGGAUUUUCGAAGCUGAUUCUGCUGACGACGAUGUCAAGAAGAACAGUGUCAACUUCAUCGAGUGGCUCAAGCACGGGGACGGCGUAUUUUGGGUAACUGGUAAAGCUGGCUCUGGAAAGUCCACCUUGAUGAAGUUCUUGACUCACCACCAUGAAACCAAGCGCCUCGUGCAAAAGUGGGCAGGAAAUGCCGAUUUGCUCCUUGCUCAGCACUACUUCUGGAGUCCUGGAACUGCCAUGCAAAAGUCGCAACAGGGUCUGCUGAGGGGGCUGCUGCGGCAAGUUUUUAAACAGCGCACAAGUCUUAUUGGCGAGGUCAUUCCCGAUCGAUGGAACUCUCCCUAUAUCAACAUGUUCGAUCCUUGGAGGCGGUCAGAACUUGUCAAGGCGCUCGAAAAGCUGGGGACAAUGGCCCAGGCAGAAUGGAGAAUUUGUUUCUUCAUCGACGGCCUCGAUGAAUACAGCGGCGACCAAUUUGAACUAGCCAACGACAUUUUGCGCAUGGGGAGAUCGCCAAAUAUCAAGAUAUGCGCCUCGAGCCGGCCCUGGAACGAGUUCACCGAUGCCUUCGAGCAUUCCGAGUGGAAACUAUAUCUGCACGAUCUCACGCGGGACGAUAUUCAUAUGUUUGUCAAAGACAACCUUCGGGACUCCGACAAGUUCAAGAGGCUCCAGCAGAGCGACGGGGUCGCGGCCGAAAAGUUGUCGCUGGAGAUCACUGACCGAGCCCAAGGUGUUUUCCUCUGGGUUUUCCUCGUUGUGCGAUCCCUGCUCCAUGGGCUCAUGAACGAGGAUGACAUCCAGGAUCUCCGGAAGAGGCUGCGAGCGCUUCCCACCGAUCUCAAAGAAACAUUCAGUCAGAUGCUGAACAACAUAGAUGAGUUCUACCGGAAGCGGACUGCUCGGUUGUUUCUCACCCUGGCCCACGCGGCGACCUCGUUCCCGGUUCUUGCCUUCCACUUCAUGGAUUUUGGCGACAAAGCCCUGUCCAAAGAACCUCUACCCUUCCUGAGGUAUUGGCCGGACGUCGACAAGAAUGCCGAGCUGUUGCAGGCGAUGGAUCGCAAGAAGCGACAACUGAUAGGACAGUGCAAGGACCUCAUUUUCAUCACGCCCGUCCCAAAUGCGCCCGACCUCUUCAACGAACGAGUUGGGUUUCUGCACAGGACUGUUGUCGAUUUCAUCCAGACCAGAGACAUACGAGCGCAGCUUGAAGACGCCGCGGAGGAUUUUAGCCCUGACAAAGUUCUCCUCGACGCCAACGUCGGCCAGCUUAGAUCCUUGAUACACCAGCACCGACUCUCAUACAUCCGCCCACGCCUAGGCCAGUGGGUUUUGGGGGCUUUGUAUUAUGCGCGCAGAGUAGAAUUUAUGGCCAGGAUCCCUGCGGUCGACGCACUGGACGACCUCGAGGUCAUCAUCAUGAGCGUCUUUGCAAGAUGGGGGUUCGGACACGCCAUGACUACGCUGCUUCCGGGGGGUCCCAGGAGAACAACUUCCGUAACCUCUAUCUCGUCUUUCAUGGAUCUUGUUUGCAGGUAUGACUUGGCGUUGUACGUCAGCUGCAAGUUACCAGACGUGGACAUUGAACGACUAGACACGUUGGCGCCAAACUGGAGGGCUCGGGUGGAUAUCAAGCGAAGCUCAGGCUUUGAGUUGUGCGAUCUGGUAGAAGGAGACUAUGACACAGAAUGGAGGCUUUGGAAGAAGGCACAAUCUUCGCUCUCGUCAGAGGAUAUGCCGGCUGGGAUGGUUGCGCAGGCAGCGAUUCCUUGCGAAUUCGCUUCGCCGCCGAGAAGUCCAAAAUUGUGGGUUGAAUUUGGCCUCACAAGUGAAGACGGCGCGAAGGGAAGGCGCAGGAGGUUCUCUGCGAAGUGGAAAGGGCUCCUUCGAGGCGGAUGA